AUGGCUCUCAACCCACCUCAGAACACUUCCAAGCUAAUCUUUGCACCCGCCAACGACAAAACCAAUUCCCAAGCCGACCAAUACACCAAAGGCGCCCUUGAAAGAUCCGACCUAGAUCCUAACUCCCCUUUCACACAAUUUCACAGCUGGUUCACACACGCGCAGUCCAAUGGGGUGCAUCAGCCCGAAACCGUAUGCUUGUCUACAGCCCUCCUACCAUCUGGCAGAGUUAGUUCGCGGAUGGUAUAUUUAAAAGAACUGGAUACGACCGGCUUCGUAAUAUACUCCAAUUUCGGGACGUCGAAGAAAGCGAAGGAUCUAGAGGGCAAUAAAUGGGCCAGUCUGACUUUUUGGUGGAGAGAGCUGGAGAGGCAGGUUAGGGUUGAAGGACAGGUGGAGAGGUUGACGAGUGAAGAAAGCCAGAAGUAUUACGAUACGCGGAUUCGCGGGUCGAAACUGGGUGCGUGGGCUAGUCGGCAGAGCCAAGUGCUUGAGAGCAGAGAGCAGUUGGAGGGGUGGGUGAAGGAGAUCGAGGAGAAGUUCGAGGGGGUGGAGAAGAUUCCCGUGCCGGAAUUCUGGGGUGGGCUGAGGAUCAAGCCGGAGAUGGUGGAGUUCUGGCAAGGAAGAGAGAGCAGGUUGCAUGAUCGGUUCCAAUACACCAAGGUGGAGGAAGGCGGUUGGAAGAUUGAGAGGCUGAGCCCGUAA